AACUAAAGUGUUCGUUGCAAUAUAGUAUAGUGUAGUAUAUAGCCUUAUCAUAAAUGUGUUGAAUUAAAUUUUGGAAUUGUAAUAAGGAAAUUAUUAGUUUAAUCAUGUUAAUAUGUAAAUUCUCUAGAGUACUAUUGCAAGAAAAUUCAGUGAAAGAGAUUCAAUCACGAAUCACAUGACGAAAGCGUUAUUGAUUAAAAACUUUACUUUUUAAAAUAAGAUAUCUCUAGGUUAUGCACAUCAGCUUAUCUGUCAAAUAUCUUAUAAAAUGGAGAAACACAUGCAUUUAUGGAGAGGUGUUGAUAAGUUAUCAUAUGCUUUUGGUGACAAACCAAAUGGUAUAAUUUGUAGGCUAGUUACUAUUAAAGAUCACAUUUUUAUAGCAACAACUACUAAUAAUUUAUAUUAUGGAGAGGUUUCAUUUUUGGAAAAUAGCUCUCCGUCAUUGGUUUUCAAAAGAGCUCAAUUUGAUGUGAUCGACAUAGCAUCCAAUUCGGAUUAUUUAUUUAUUGUAGAUAAUAAUGGACAUGUUUUGAAAGUAAAUCCUCAGGAUAUGACCAUAAUAGAUACAAUAAUCUUAAAAGAAGAAGUUAAAUGUUGCAGUCAUGGAUAUAAACAAGAAAAUGAAAUUGUUAAAGUAAAAUCAAUAGCUGUUAGCGAUCAAGCAGCAUUAUUUGUAACAGAAAAUGGACAACUUUGGGCUAAUGGAAACCAAUCGCAAAUAGAUAUUAAUAGCAUAGAGCCUAAAAAAGUUAAAUUUUUUGAAGGUAGAACUGUUUCUGCUAUUGCAUGUGGUUCAAAUUUUAAUGUAGUUGCAGUAAGAAAAACAACAACAGCUUUAAAAAAUGAUACUGAUAGUGAAAAUGAACUAGAAGAAGAAGUUUUUGUCAAUUCAUGUCCUCAAUGUCUCAACACUGUAUUAUUAAGUCCUACAAGUUUAACAUCAUCAGAUACUUGUCCUAUGGGACUUCAUAUGCAACAAUUUAGUGAAGAUCAUUCAACUAAUUCUAUUAGUGCUUUAUCUGUUGCUAGUAAAGAACAAGAAACUUCAUUUGCAGAAAGUAAUAAAAAAGAAAAAAAUUCUGAAAUAGUAGAAAAUGGAGAACUGUGUUCCAAUAAUCCUAUAGAUUCUGACAAAGAAGAAAAAAAAAAUGUUAUCUUUAUAAAUACAGAGGCUGCAAGACAAUUUUUAACCAGACAAUUAUCUUGGGUUUCAUCUUAUGGGAGUGUUAAAGAAGACAUACCUUUGGAAAACAUUGAAAAACCAACUAGAUUAAUAAAACAAAAUGUAUCUAAUGUAGCUAAUUUAGUAUAUGAAGGAGUCAAAAAUGUAGGGGGUAAAGUUGUUACAUUAUCAAGACAUAUGAGUGGAAAUUCAGAUAUAAAUGAAUUUAAAGAUGAUAGUAGUGAACAUUUGGAAGUAGGAGAAGAAUAUCUCAAACCUGCUACUACUAGUUUGGCUUUAAGUUUACGCUGUGAAGAAUUUCCAUGGUCAUCAAGUACUGGUUCCUCAGAGCAUGAAUUGUCUCAGCAAGGUUUAAAUGAAAGGAUUAAUAUUUUAACUCGUACUGGUAACAACAUUUUAUCUACUGAACUUUGGACAUGGGGUGAUAUUGAAUAUGGACAAUUAGGAACAGGAGAUAUUGUUAAACGUUCAAGACCUAUUUUAGUAGCAAAACUCAGUAAUACUGGAUUGAGAAAAAUUUCAUGUGGUGCAUUUCAUGUACUUGCUCUGACAUUAGAUGGAAGAGUUUUUGCUUGGGGCAGAAAUAAUUAUAAACAGGUGACAUUGGAACCAUAUUCAUAUCAAAGUGCACCUCGUUUAUUUACCACAAAAUUAUUUCCAAAUGAAAGAGCCAAAGAUGUGACAGCUGGUAGUUUUCAUAGCUUAGUUAUGAUGCAUCAUGGUUUAUAUUUUAUUGGACAUUCAAGUAAAACUGGUGAAAUGUUCCAUCUUGAUAUCGAAACAAAUAUUAAAUAUAGUCCUCAACAAAUUUUUAGUUCUGGUAAUUACAGUUGCUGUUCUGUGAUAAAUGAACCUGAAAUAAAUAUUUCCGAAGAUUUGAUAAGCGACCAAAUUUUUUUGGAAGAAAUAUUGGUUGUUUAUCAAAAUUUAAUCAAACCAUUCCAAAAAAAAGGAGGUGCUAUGCAAGAAUCAAAUGUUUAUGAAACAUUAUGUCGAUGUUAUACCGAAUUAUUAAGUUUCAGUGCUUUAAAUGUUAUUAGUUUAUGGGAUUAUUUUAAUCAUAUUGGUGAAGCAUAUGAUGUAACAGUUAUUGCUAAUGUUGAAGAAUAUAUUACUGUGUAUAAAUAUUAUUUAAAUGCAGUGUGUGAUGUUAUUUCUUUGAGUGGAUUUACAUAUAUUGCAAAAAUAAUUGAAGUACCACAAAUAAUAACAAAUUUAUUUAUAGAUAAGUUAAAAACUAAUGAAACUAAAAAAAUUACUGAUGAAAUCAUUAUUACAAUGGCAUUACAACAUCCAUUAUAUAAAUUAAAUAGAUAUAAGAAUAUGAUUUUAAAUCUAAUGAAGUGUAAUGGUACAAGAAUGGGUAUAGAACGAAUGCAAGAAGCUUUAAUAAAAUGGGAACAAAUAUGUGAUGAUCAAGAAAAACAACAAAAAGAAGCUGAAACAACUAAAUUAUUUUGGGAGAAUUCUGGAAAACUUGGAGAAUUAUUAAGAUCUCCUGAUAGAAGACUUAUUAGAGAAUCACGAACACAUCCUUUAUCAAUACUUAAUUCUGGAAGAUUUUCUACACACUGGUUUGUUUUAUUAACUGAUAUAUUUAUUCACGUUACUGGUACUUCUCAUAUGGUACAUCCACUCAAAACUUUAUGGAUAGAACCUUUACCAGAUUCUGAAACAGUACAAAAUGCUAUAUCAGUAAUAGCACCAGAAGAUACAUUUGUAUUAUACACUCCAACACCUUUUGAUCGAAAUGAAUGGUUGUAUGCUUUACAAAAUGCUAUAAAAUGUAGUUUACAAAGAGUUAUUGGACAUAUACCUCCAGUAGUACGUUCUAGCUCAUUUUCUUUCACAAAGCACAGUGUUUUUAAAGAUGCAAAAUAUACUGGGCGGUGGCUAAAUGGUAAACCACAUGGUUCUGGAAAAUUAGAAUGGUCUGAUGGACGUAAAUAUGCAGGACAAUUUCACAAAGGUAUUAUUCAUGGUUCUGGUAAAAUGGAAAUUCCAUCACAAGGUGUAUAUGAAGGACAAUGGAAAGAUGGUCAACAGAAUGGAUAUGGAACAAUGAAAUAUAAUAAUGGAGAUUUUUAUGAAGGAUAUUUUAAAGAUGGUUUACCGCAUGGUCAUGGUGUUAAAAAAGAAGGUCAUUUCAUGGCAUCUGUAGCAUCAGUUUACAUUGGAGAAUGGGCUGCAGGUGUUAAACAGGGAUAUGGAAUUAUGGAUGAUAUUAUGACAGGAGAAAAAUAUUUAGGAUCAUGGAGUAAUGGUAUGAAACAUGGUUGUGGUUUAAUAGUAACGUUAGAUGGUAUUUAUUAUGAAGGAUUUUUCAUGCAAGACGUUUUAACGGGUCAUGGAGUUAUGGUAUUUGAAGAUGGUACUCAUUAUGAAGGUGAAUUUAAAUCAGCUGGUAUUUUUUAUGGUAAAGGAACAUUAACUUUUACAAGUGGUGAACGAUUAGAAGGUAAUAUGAAUGGUUCAUGGAAUGAAGGUGUAAAAGUUAUUGCAACAUUACACAUGAAUAAAGCUAAUGGAAAUAUACAAAAUUAUUCAAAACCAAUAUCUUUCGGAAAAUUAUGUGUAUCGCCAGAUCAAAAAUGGAAAGCUAUAUUUAGACAAUGUUAUCAACAACUUGGUGUACCUGAACCAGGUUCAAAAACUAUGAGUGUAGUUGAUAAAUCUGCUGAGACUCAACGUGUUUGGCAAAAUAUUGCUAGCAUAAUAACUAAAUCGCAUCAAAAAGCUUUACAACGAAAAAAGCAUCUGACAAUUACUAGUAUUAAUAAAGAAAAAAAUAAUGAAGUAAUUGAUGAGUUAGAUAAGAUUCCUUGUUUUGGAAGAGACAAACUUACUAUUCAAAACUAUAGUGAAAUUCACAAAUAUUUAAUUAAAGCAUUCGAUAGUUCAUAUCACCCAUUAGGAGCACUUUUAACAGAAGUUGCUGCUGUAUAUACAGCUACCUAUGGUGGUGUAAGAGUUCAUCCUUUAUUGCUUAGUCAUGCUGUAUCUGAACUUCGUAGUAUUACUUCAAGAAUAUAUGAAAUAGUUAUCUUAUUAUUUCCGGCAUUACCACGAGGUGGAAAAGAAUACGUAUUGGAAACAGAAAAAAACGAAGAAGAAAGUCAAGUUAUAAGUGCUGCAGCAAUACUUCAUCCAAUAUUGUUACCUCGUGUGCAUUCGGCACUUUUUGUACUAUAUGCUUUACACAAUAAAAAAGAAGAUGAUGCCUAUUGGGAAAGAUUAAUGAAAUGGAAUAAACAACCUGAUAUAACACUUAUGGCUUUUCUAGAUAUUGAUCAAAAAUUUUGGAAAAAUUCAAAUGUUAUGAAUUUGAAUGAAAACGGAUUACCGUAUCAAAAUGAACCAUACUUCAGUGAGGCAAUAGAAACAUUACAACAACUGAAAACCACAUUUUCUCCGUUAGAGAAAUUAUUAGUCGUUAGGAAUACAUUUGAACAAAUGACACAAGCAGUUCAAAAGCAAUUGGGGACUACAUAUUUAUGGACAAUGGAUGAAUUGUUUCCUGUUUUUUGUUUUGUGGUUGUUCGUGCCAGUGUAUUACAGCUGGGUAGUGAAAUACAUUUUAUAGAAGAUUUUAUGGAACCCUAUUUACAGAAUGGAGAACUUGGAAUUAUGUUUACUACUCUUAAGGCCUGUUACUAUCAAAUAUUACAAGAGAAAAUUAAUGUGGGUGACUAAAUACAACAAAAUAAUUUCUAUACAUAAAUAAAAGUAUAAGUUACAAAGUAAGUUUUAGUAAUAAUUUAUUAAAGUACAUUGUUAAUAUAAUAAAUAAAUAAAAUAUAUGCAUUAUGUCACAAAUUAGUACCUCAAAAUAUAAUAUUUA